UAAUCAGGUCACGUUGCUGCUACUUGCUACCCAACUGAGUUGAAUCGUUCCGACGUCACAAUCUUGCGUCCAUGGUAUGCGCGGGCAGCUCCAGCUCCUCGCCGCCGCCACCAGCAAUGGCGCCGACCUCCCCCUCUCCCACACGAAGCAGCUCCACGCGCGCCUCCUGGUCGCCUCCCCCUCUGCCGCGGCCCCCGCCGACCUCCGCCUGCUCCUUCUCCGCUCCUAUGCCGCGCGCGGCGACCUCGCCUCCGCCAACCGCCUGCUCGACGAAGCGCCCCGCCCGGCCUCGCCGCUCCUCUACAACGCCCUCAUCCGCGCCCACGCACGCCGCCUCGACCUCCCCGCGGCGCUCGUGCUCUUCGCCCGCAUGCGCCGCUCCGCCACCCCGCCCGACGCCCACACCUUCGCCUGCGUCAUCCGUGCCUGCGCCGACUGCUCGCGCCCGGACGCCGUCAGUGUUGUCCAUGGCAUCUCGUCAUCUUGCGGCGCGUCCUCCCAUCCUAUUGUUGGGAGCGCGCUUGUCAGAGGGUAUGCGAAGCUUGGGCUCGUUGACGAUGCCCGCCGCGUGUUCGACGGAUUGCGUGAGCCGGACUUAGUUCUGUGGAACGCCAUGAUGUCCGGGUAUGGGUACCGGGGAAUGUGGCGUGAUGGGCUUGAGCUGUUUUUGGCCAUGCGGAGAGCAUGGGAGCGGCUGGAUGGGUACUCAAUGGUCGGCUUAGUCUCGUGCUUCUCGAAUCCAGAAGCACUUGCUUUCGGUGAAGCAGUUCAUGGAGUUUGUGUCAAGGGGGGUUAUGAUUCUGGACACCAUGUGAGAAGCGCACUUGUUACCAUGUACUUGAGGUGUGGAUGCAUGGUAUCUGGCCAAAUCUUGUUUGGUAAUUUGCCAGAUGCGGAUUUGGUUACAUGGUCGUCAUUAAUUACAGGGCUAUUGCAAACUGGGAAGUACGUGGAGUCAUUGGAUUUGUUCCGACGAAUGUGCUACACUGGCAGGAGGCCAGACAGCAUCUUGAUUGCCAGUGUUCUCUCAGCAUGUGCUUCUACAGCUGCUAUCAGCUGUACCAGCGAGGUCCAUUGUCAUGCAAUCAGGCUUGGAGCCGAUACAGACAUCAGAGUCUCGUCUUCACUAGUGGACGCUUAUGCAAAAUGUGGUUUCUCUGAGGUCGGCUACUGGGUGUUCCGCCAAAUGCCUAAUAAGAACUCAGUCAUGUACAACACAGUCAUAUCAAACCUUGGAUCUCAUGGGUUUGCAAUGAAGGCCAUUGAAGUCCUUGAUGAGAUGGUUAAGGAUGAGCUCAGGCCUGAUAGUGCUACCUUCUCAGCUUUACUUUCUGCUUGUUGUCAUGUGGGACUACUGGAUGAGGGUUUGAAGUUGUUUAGGAGAAUGAGGGAUGAGUUCCACAUAGUGGUUAAAAUGGAGCAUUAUGUGUACAUGGUAAGGCUUCUUGCAACAUUUGGCAACCUGAAGGAAGCAUACGAUCUUAUACAGACAAUGUCAAUACAGCCAGAUUGUGGUGUGUGGGGUGCAUUGCUUUGGGGUUGCUGUGUUCAUCAUAAUUCUAUCCUUGGCAAGAUCGUUGCUGAAAAGCUAUUUGAAUCUUAUCCAGACAAGGCUGCUUACAGGAUCAUGCUCUCAAACCUGUAUGCAUCACAAGAGAUGUGGUGGGAUGCUGAGGAGGUUAGGGCUGAGUUGUCGAAAGAAGAUACACACAAGAACACAGGGAUCAGUUGGGUUGGUGAAGUAAGGAAAUGAUGGCUGGGCUUCCAUAAUUGAAAAGCAUGUCAGAUGCCAAGUACAUAUGAAUGCUGUAUUGUUUGCUCUGGUAGAAAUGAAAUCCUCUGAAACUUUGUUAAAUUGAAAUACUUGGUAAACUUUGCUGAAUAUGUUCUUUACUCUUUCUUUUGUUAUCUGUAUAUCCUCAUUUCUUUAGUUGCUGUGUAUACUCAUUCAAAACUAAGUUUGCAUACAUGAAACCUUGCGUUGGCCUAACUCUUGUCUUGCAUGUAAAUUUUGAGGGGUAACCUAAAAUUCAGAGCACAAAUUGCUGGACACUCCUAAUUUGGCUCCUGCUUAUUUCUCUUUUGUUCAUGUGUCUGCUUCUCCUUGCAUCUCUAUAUAGGUAGUCACUUAAACAAUUUAUUUCCCAUUUCUUCUGCUUUUGUAUCACAUGUGCAGAUUACUGCUUUGCCAAUAAGUAUGUUACUGUUAUGCUUGAUACUGUAUCACCUUCAUUUGCUUUCUUCUUCUACAAAACUUCAUGGCUGAUAUACCAAUCCCUUGUUUGUUAGUUGAAGCUCAACCCACCAAAUCCAAAGGCAACCAUUUCUUUUGUGUUGAAUCUAGCUGUUUCACAGCAUUUUUAUUAAUAGUUCUAUUCUGCUAUUUUUAAGUACAUGUAGAGUGGUAAAAAACAUUUGAACAAAUCAUUCUAAGGGCCUUUUUUGGAUGGGGGGAUUUGGAUCCAAACCCCUAGGACUUGUUAGGAAUAGCAACUUGUAUUUCCUGAAGACCCUGGGCUAGUAUAUAUACAUGUACAUGUAAUAAUAUGCAAGAAAUCUCUUAUAGACUGGGGAUAUUACACACAGACACACACAUAUAUAUACACUCUAAUCUACUCUCUGCGUUAAAAAUAGCUAUUUAACACCCUAACACUGUCAACCUGUCCUGCACCCAUAAAAAACAUACCACAACCGUAAAUUCCAAUUUAUCGAGACUGUAAAUUCCAAUUUACACUCCUCAAACUCAUGGGGGAUCAACUACACUGAAUUUGGAGAGAAAGAACCUGUGCUAAGCUGUACUCUGUGGCUUCGUGAAGAAAUUAGCCAAUUGAAGCUCGGAAGGAACAUACUGAAGAGCAAUCACCUCAUCCUGUACUUGUGUUCGUGUGUAAGAGCAUCAACACCAAUAUGCUUGGUGAGCUCAUGCUUCACUGGAUCCCGAGCAAUAUUGAUAGUACAUGUACUGUCUGAGUAAAGAGAAGUAGGUUCAGGAGAAGGAACACCAAAAUCGUCAAGUAACCACCGUAACCAACUGAGCUCCGCUGUUAGUAAUGCCAUGGCUCGUAACUCAGGCUCUGCACUAGAACGAGAAACUGCGAUCUGCUUUUUAGUCUUCCAAGCAAUGAGAGUAUCAUUAAGGAAAACACAGUAGGUAGAAAUAGAUCGGCGAUAGAAAGAUCAUUAGCCCAAGUAGUAUCAGAAUAUGCACAAAGCUAUAAAGAGCUGGAGCGUGGAAGAAGAGGCGGCGAGAGAGUCCCACAAAGAUAGCGCAAAGCACGCAGGAGAUGACUAUAGUGGAGUUGAGUAGGAGUAGAAACGAAUUGACUGAGGAUGUGCACUACAUGGGAAAUGUUAGGAAGAGUGACAUUAAGGUAAACAAGACUCCCAACUAGAUGACUGUAGUGAGUGGGAUCUGCAAGAGGCUCACUAUCAGUGAAACGAAGCUGAAGAUUAAGCUCCAUGGGAGUCUCAACAGUGCGCUCAUCAUUGAGAGAAGCAUGAAGAUCCUGAAUAUGCUUCUCUUAGGACAGAAAGCCCUCAGGAACAGAAUACCUUGAUGCUGGGUGCUAUUAACUUUGUAUAAAAUGACAAAUGAAGGAUGAUUACAUUGAGGCACAAUGGGCACUAUAUAUAGAGUUGGAUGGGGGAAACCCUAGACUAGGAGAUGACCUUUAUACCCUUAACACCCUCCCUCAAAUGCAACGUCAUUGCAUUCGCGUUGCAUUUGAAGAGUGGACACUAAGCACUAGACUUAAAAAAAAAUGAUACAUCCGAAGUCCAAUAUUGAAGAUUGCGUCGAAGAGUGCAACUUUUGAAUAAUGUCGAUGUAAAACAAACUCCUCCCUAAGAGGGUACUACCUUCACGACCCGGACUUCACCAAAUACCUUAAAUACGAAUAUUUCUUUGGAGACUUUGAAUAGUGAGAUGUGUCAAAUCAAGUCAAAGGGAGAAUAGAGAAAUUACUGCUGCAAGAUGACAAGCAGUGAGACAGCUACAAAAGGACCAAGAAGGCAUGGUCAUGAUGUGUAGCAAGACAGCUAUGAAAGGAUCAAGAAGACAAGGUCGCAUCAACGACGACGACGAUGGAAUUAGCCAAAUUGACGGUACUCAGCUAACCACAAAACAAAAGAAACAAUUGGUUGAUUGACAAAAUUUGUGGACACACACGGCUAAGACGAACUGAAAGAGUAUAUGUGUGUACUUGGAAGGAGACUUGAAUGAAGGGAUGCAACAUAAAACAUGGAAUUUAAACUAGAAAAAUGAAAAUAGGACUCAAAAUGCUACAACAGCAGCAAGCAACAACCACUAGCAGCAGAUUUGGACGUAGUGAAAAACAACUUGAGCAGCAGGGGAAGGGAAUCGAUGACAGCGAAAGCGACAGCGACCCUAAGAGGCUGCAACGAUAGAGGGCACGACGAUGAUCAACGAUGACUUGCGGAAGAUGAUGGGAGACCUGGUGACUGCAGAUCCAAUACGUGAGCGAUGAGGACGGGGAAGCACGUCGACUGGAGCACGAUGAUAGCUCCCAAUAGCAACACUAGAAUAAAGAAGAACACUUGACAGCCCAUGCAAAAGCCCACAUCGAGAUUCAUGGGCUUGACGAAGAACAAAAAGGCAGUCGUGCAUCUCGCCAUGAGCCGACGACCAGGAGGCCAAGCUGAAGGAUGCGGACGACCUCAAUACGGAAGGGGAUGUCCUUCUGAUGCCGUCGGCGAUUGAAUUCGAGUUGCUGCGUCCAAAAAGAAACCCUAGUUCUAAUACCAUGUUAGGAAUAACAAUUUGUAUUCCCUGGAGGCUUUGGACCAGUGUAUAUAUAUAUAUGUACAUGUGACAAUAUGCAAGAAACCCUUUAGUGUGUGAUUAUUUGCAUGCAUGAACUGUAUACGCAGGCUGAGGGGAAGCAGGCUGAGCGGAGUCAUAUUUAUUAAAAAGAAUAAUAUUUGGUUGGUUGUAUCUGUCUGGACAGGUUGAACUGAGUUUCUAUUUGGUUGACUAAAUAUGAGGUCACAUGAGCGGAUGCAAGAGCUGCUAUUCUAAUUGGUUGCUUGCAUGAAGGUGAUUUUGUGACACUUGCAAGUGGGCUUACCUGAAUGAGCGGAUGCAGUAGUCUGCAUACGUCAGGUAGGCUAUGGGUGUACAUUUGCAUCUGCUGGGUCAGGCUGGAAUAGUGCAUGCGGUUAACCAAACACGUUUCUCUCUGAGAUUAUAUGCAUCCACCGAGUCGGGAUCCAUUCGUACAAGCAACCAAUCACCCCCUUAUAGACUGGGGAUAUUACACACACACAUUACUUACUUUAAAUUUGGGCUAAAUCCUAAAAAUUCCUAGAGUAAGUCCCCUCAUCUAAACUGGGGUAAAUGUUAAGGCAAACUACUGUUAAGUUUUGUUUUUGAGCCCCAGCACACAAUACUGAUAGUUCACUCAUUGAGAAGUGACAUGAUUAUUUAAGGAAAACAACUGAAUAGUACAUAUCAAAUGAUACCCCUAGAAGUACAUCUUCUCUAUCAUUGUAUGGUUCUGUGGUGACAGAUAUGUUCUUACUGCUCAGAUGAUAGAGUUGAGGUUUAGUGAACUGCAGUAAAGGUGUGGUU